AGGCGGGGGCGGGCAGGGCCUCGGCGCUUUCCCAAGUGUCGCCACUCCCAGCCUCAGUUUCCCCACCUGUAGAAUGUGCAGGACGAGCGACUGGGGACAGGCACAUCCGGGCCCCCAGGAGUGGAGCUCCAGCCCCCAACUGGAUCCUUCCGCAGGCGGUCCCUUUCCUGGGGCCCCAGCGGCAGCCUCCCUGCCCAUCCCUGUCCCCAGGCCAGGUCACACCCUUCUCCCCGCUGAGCCAAGGGGGACACAGAACCUGCAGGGCCGGCGCUGGGAAUGUUGGCGUCCCCAGCUGAGCAUGGUGGCAGCCCUCACCCUCAGCUUCGUCGUGUGGCGAGGCUGGAAGAGCUGGCAGCCCAGGGUGCUGAUGGCCCUGCGCCACUGUUGGAUGGCAAACACGGUGUCCGAGUGAGCUGGCAUCAACCACCAACAGCCUCCCACCAGCUGGCGAACGGUGGACAGGUGGCAGUCAGCGGUCACAUAGCGGAGUCAUGGCGGGAAGCCAGGCAUGAGCGGCCCCCGGGGUCACCCGUGACUCCUCCUGCAGAGAGGUCUGGGCCCCCAGCCCCCAGCUGAGCCUCCUGUCCCCACCCUGGCCCAUGGGGCCCCGGGGGCCCCGAGCCACUGCGUGACUGUGACCCAGCAGCCCUCACAGUGGCAUGGCAGGCACCGAGGGCUUCCAGUACCGCGCGCUGUACCCGUUCCGGCGAGAGCGGCCUGAGGACCUGGAGCUGCUGCCUGGCGACAUGCUGGUGGUGAGCCGUGCGGCCCUGCAGGCGCUCGGUGUGGCGGAGGGCGGCGAGCGCUGCCCGAACAGUGUGGGCUGGAUGCCUGGCUUCAACGAGCGCACACGGCAGCGGGGCGACUUCCCGGGCACCUACGUGGAGUUCCUGGGGCCCGUGGCCCUGGCCCGGCCUGGCCCUCGCCCACGCGGCCCCCGCCCACUGCCCGCCAGGCCCCGAGAUGAGCCCCAGGAGCCAGGCCUCACGCUCCCAGAUCUGCCUGAGCAGUUUGCCCCUCCUGACAUGGCGCCCCCUAUCCUGGCGAGGCUGGUGGAGGCCAUAGAGCAGACAGGGCUGGACACCGAGUCCCACUGCAGGCCGGAGCUACCCGCGCUGCGCACAGACUGGUCGCUGAGCGACCUGGACCAGUGGGACGCCGGCGCUCUGUCCGACGCCAUCAAGGGCUUCCUGCUGGCCUUGCCUGCCCCGCUUGUGACUCCUGAGGCGGCGGCCGAGGCGCACCGGGCCCUGCGGGGCGCCACGGGGCCCGUGGGCCCAGCACUGGAACCCCCGACGCUGCCGCUGCACCGCGCGCUCACGCUGCGCUUCCUGCUGCAGCACCUGGGCCGGGCGGCCCGCCGCGCCCCCGCCCCGGGUCCCGCCGUCCGUGCCCUGGCUGCGGCCUUCGGGCCACUGCUGCUGCUGCGUGCACCGUCGCCUCCGCAGCCGCCAGCGGGCGCCCCGCCAGAAGGGACGGAGCCCAGCCAGGACUUCCCGGUGCUGCUGGCGGAGAAGCUGCUACAGGAACAUCUGGAGGAGCAGGAGGCCGCGCCCCCAGCCCUGCCGCCCAAGCCCUCCAAGCCAAAGCCGGCCGCCCCGGGCUUGGCCAACGGGGGCAGCCCGCCCUCCCUGCAGGACGCGGAGUGGUACUGGGGUGACAUCUCCAGGGAGGAGGUGAACGAGAAGCUCCGCGAUACUCCCGACGGCACCUUCCUGGUCCGCGAUGCAUCCAGCAAGAUCCAGGGGGAGUACACGCUCACCCUCAGGAAGGGCGGCAACAACAAGCUGAUCAAGGUCUUCCACCGGGACGGCCACUACGGCUUCUCGGAGCCGCUGACCUUCCGCUCGGUAGUGGACCUCAUCACGCACUACCGCCAUGAGUCGCUGGCCCAGUACAACGCCAAGCUGGACACGAGGCUGCUCUAUCCCGUGUCGCGGCUGCAGCAGGACCAGGUGGUCAAGGAGGACAGCGUGGAGGCCGUGGGCGCCCAGCUGAAGGUCUACCACCAGCAGUACCAGGACAAGAGCCGCGAGUACGACCAGCUCUACGAGGAAUACACGCGCACCUCCCAGGAGCUGCAGAUGAAGCGCACGGCAAUCGAGGCCUUCAACGAGACCAUCAAGAUCUUCGAAGAGCAGGGCCAGACUCAGGAGAGGUGCAGCAAAGAAUAUCUGGAGCGAUUCCGGCGUGAGGGCAAUGAGAAGGAGAUGCAGAGGAUCCUGCUCAACUCUGAGCGGCUGAAGUCCCGCAUCGCCGAGAUUCACGAGAGCCGCACGAAGCUGGAGCAGGACUUGCGGGCCCAGGCCUCGGACAACCGCGAGAUCGACAAGCGCAUGAACAGCCUCAAGCCUGACCUCCUGCAGCUGCGCAAGAUCCGCGACCAGUACCUCGUGUGGCUCACUCAGAAAGGUGCCCGGCAGAAGAAGAUCAACGAGUGGCUGGGGAUCAGAAACGAGACCGAGGACCAGUACGCGCUGAUGGAGGAUGAGGAAGAUCUCCCCCACCACGAGGAACGCACGUGGUAUGUGGGCAAGAUCAACCGCACGCAGGCCGAGGGCAUGCUGAGCGGCAAGAGGGAUGGCACGUUCCUCAUCCGGGAGAGCAGCCAGCGCGGCUGCUAUGCCUGCUCUGUGGUGGUGGACGGCGACACCAAGCACUGCGUCAUCUACCGCACGGCCACCGGCUUCGGCUUCGCGGAGCCCUACAACCUGUACGGGUCGCUGAAGGAGCUGGUGCUGCACUACCAGCACGCGUCCCUGGUGCAGCACAACGACGCCCUCACCGUCACCCUGGCGCACCCCGUGCGCGCCCCAGGGCCCGGCCCGCCGCCCCCCGGCCGCUGAGCCCGCCUCCAGGCCCCUGCCCCAGCCGGGCCCCGCGCACCUCGCCCACCCCACUCUGAAGCCAUAGAUCUUGGUUAGGCGAGAAGGAGCCGCAGCCGCGACUUGGGCAGGGCGGGCAGGUCCCGCCCCGUCCCCGUCCCCCCACCCGCGGACCCCAACUUCUCCGGACUGAAACCCGGGGACAGAUCUGCCACCAGGAAACCAGAACCCAAAAUAAGCUCGGGCACCACCGCCAGGGACACUGCCGGGCAGCCACCCGGCUGGACACAUCCCCACCCCACCGAUCAUGUUUCGAUUCCCUGACUCACCUCCUCCUCUCUGGGGACCGGGAGCCCUGGUCCUCUAGCACUGCCCCGAGCCCAGGCCGCCGUCCGGCCAGGCUUUGUACGGUACGUUGUUCUCGCUGCGACAUAAAACUGACCAAGGUG